GAAACCCUAAAUCAAAUGCUCUACGUUCUACGACGGACUAGACGGGAAAAUCUUCACCCAAAUCGGGGUUCCCGAAUUCCUGCAAAUUCCUGUCAUAAUUUUUGGUAAUAGCUUUCGAAUCUUGUGGAAAGUUUGUUCCACUUCUCAAUUCUAGAUUUCCCCGGAGAAAUGGGAUUCAUAUGGACCUUGUUCGAAUUCCUAUCCAUCUCCGCUUCCGUUUUAGUUUUGGGAUUGAUGACCGCCAUUGUUCUCGCCACUUUCAGGAGAAAGAACAACCACAUCUGUCACGUUGACGCGCCUCCUGUUUUCGAGGAUCCGAAUUCAUUGAAGCCUGUUCCUUGUCCGUAUAUUCUUGAUUCGGCGGAAAAGUACUUAUCCUUGAUUGUUCCAGCAUACAAUGAGGAAUAUAGGCUUCCGGGAGCCCUUGAGGAAACCUUAAUUUAUCUUCAAGAACGUGCCGCUAAGGACGAGUCUUUUUCAUAUGAGGUGGUGAUUGUUGAUGAUGGAAGUACUGAUGGUACAAAACGAGUUGCAUUCGACUUUGUGAAGAGAUAUGCUGUUGAUAAUGUUCGAUUAGUCCUUCUUGGACGGAACCAUGGGAAGGGAGAAGCUAUAAGGAAAGGCAUGCUCCACUCACGUGGUGAAUUAUUGUUAAUGCUUGAUGCUGAUGGAGCAACUAGAGUGAGUGACCUCGAGAAACUUGAAAAUCAGAUUCAUGCAGUUGCUGCCAAGGAACUGAUGCUUGAAGACGCUUCAACUGGUGACGUAAUCUUGAGAAUUGCAGAUGUCCCGGUUGCUGCUUUCGGGUCUCGUGCUCAUCUUGAAGAGAAGGCGCUAGCAACAAGGAAAUGGUAUCGGAAUUUCUUGAUGAAAGGUUUCCAUCUGGUAGUUCUCCUUGCUGCUGGUCCUGGAAUUCGGGAUACGCAGUGUGGUUUUAAGAUGUUCACUAGAGCUGCUGCCCGGAAGCUAUUUGUUAAUAUCCGCUUGAAACGGUGGUGCUUUGAUGUUGAACUAGUAUACCUAUGCAAAAUUUUCCGUAUCCCUAUGGUUGAGAUAUCUGUGAAUUGGACGGAAAUUCCAGGAUCAAAGGUUAAUUUACUAAGCAUUCCUAACAUGUUGUGGGAGUUGGCUCUGAUGUCGGUAGGUUAUAGAACUGGAAUCUGGGAAAUUCAUUCGUAGAAGAUGAGUAUGGUUAACCUACUGGUCCUACCUGUUGAUCUGAUAUAGAAAAUUCUGACAAUGUUACUGACCCGGAGGAUACAUACAGAGUUUUUUUUAGUUAAAACAAGUUUUGAGCUUGUCGAUGAUGACAAACUUGUAAUAUUUGUAGCGGAAGUAAUGUUCAUUAUCACCUUGGAUACAUUUAUACGGCAUAGACAUAUAAGUUCAACCCUGAAUGAUGUUCUAUUUGAUUCAUGAUUUUACUAGAUCCAAUAAGAACUAUAUUACUUCGAA